CUGCCAAAUGAUGUGUGUAUAUUUAUUUAUUUAUUUCUCUCUCUCCUCCUCCUACUCCGGAAGUCUUUUCUGUCCUUGUUCUUUUUUUUUGUUCUUUUUUCCUUACUUUUCUUCCUCUUCUUCAGCUGCCCCGCGUGAUUUAUUUGCCGUCGGGGCUUCUUUUGAUCUUCUUGGCGCUAAGCUAAAAUUUAUUUUCUUCCUCAUUUCAAAACUCUGCGGCCAACUCGUUGGCAAUUGUGAAUAUAUACUUAGGGAAGAAGAUAAACAGUUAGUAGUUGAUUUAGCCUCCUCGAAUUUUCAAAAAAAUUUAAUAAUAAUUCCCUCAGUUAUUUGUAUUUUCAAUUUCAAUUUAUUUUUAUUUAUUUAUAUAUACUUAUAA